CAUGGAAUUGGCAGUACUACAAUUUAUUAAAUCUGUCGGAACAAACAGGAAGCCGUGUAUGGUCAAUGGAAGCGGAUAGAAACACGAGAGGAAAUAGAAAACAAUAAGAUGGCGAGGUAUAAAUGUAGCAAGAGUGUAGUUGGGUUUCUAUGCUGUAUUAUGUUUCUCAUUGGGGCGACAGUGUUCGUUAAUGGAAUGCUGUUAAGAAUGUCCAGCGGUUAUUUUGGACAUGAAGUAGUGACACUCUUCAACAGAGUUGAGUACAAUAACGUCAAAUUCGGAUUUCUUCUGUCCGCACUUGUGUACGCUCUCAUUGUACAUGGUGGAAUUGUCAUGUUCCAAACUGUAUUCGGCCUUUUUGCUGCUGUGAAACGGGACAAAUGUGGCCUUAAAGCGUUUGUUGCUAUGGCCGUAUUGUUGAUAUUGGCAGAAGCAGUGUGUGUUGGGUUCUGGGUCUACCUGAGGGGAAGAUCUGACGAAUGGUUGAGGGGAGAGAUGCUGGACCUUCUCGGGGAUUACAAAGGUCCUCAGGACACUGAUGAAACUUCUAAAGGUUGGAAUGAAUUGUUUAUGCAGGCACGAUGCUGCGGAGUGAUAGAUCAGUUUGCAAACGGUGAUACCACGGGGGAUUUCGAAGAUACACAAUCGGUCUGGUUCAACACAAAUGCAAAUGGCGAGAAAGUUCCGGCAACGUGCUGUCAGGGGGUAGAUGAUGACGAUAUUUCUAGCACCAUAAAUACGGCAUGCACGACCACCCCGAAAGAUUACUACACAAAGGGUUGUUACACACAACUCGUUGAUCUAACAAAACUCAACAGUAGCAUCUUCUUUUGUGCUGCCGGAGCCCUCUUGAUCCUUGAGGUAUUUGUAGAGAUUUAUAAAUUAUUUGAAAGGUAUUUGGAUACUCUAACUCAAAUACGGUAG